AUGUCGGGGCGGCAGGAGGAGGCUCUGCCCGCCUGCUUUGCGGGGCUGGGUGCGGGCAGCCCGCGGCCGCGGCAGAAGCGCGGCGGGAUGUUCUGCAGCGUGGAGGACGCCUUCGACAACAAGACGCUGAACUUCUCCUCGCUCGCUGCCUCCGGAACCGCAACACCCGUCGGGGCGCACCGCCGCGACACCCACCCGGGACCGAGCCCCGACCCCGGUCCCAGUCCCGGCGCGGCCGCGCUGCCCCCGAGAGCCGCGGCUCCGGCUGCGCUGCCCGACGGCUGCCGGCAGAGUGACCAGAUUCUAAUCAAAGGAGGAAAAAUUGUCAACGAUGAUCAGUCAUUUUAUGCAGACGUUUAUGUGGAAGAUGGCUUAAUAAAACAAAUCGGAGAGAACCUGCUGGUCCCCGGCGGCGCGAGGACCAUCGAUGCCCGCGGGCAGCUGGUGAUGCCGGGGGGCAUCGACGUGCACACGCGGCUGCAGGCGCCCGCCACGGGCAUCAGCUCGGCCGACGGCUUCUUCCAGGGCACCAAGGCAGCGCUGGCGGGAGGCACCACCAUGAUCAUUGACCACGUGUUCCCGGACGCGGGCAGCAGUCUCCUGGCCGCCUACGAGCAGUGGCGCGGCCACGCUGACGGCCAGGCCUGCUGCGACUACGGCCUGAGCGUGGACAUCCCGCGCUGGCACGAGAGCCUGCGGGAGGAGCUGGAGGCCCUGGUCAAGGACAAGGGUGUGAACUCCUUCCUGGUGUUCAUGGCUUACAAGGACAAGCUGCAGUGCACCGAUGGCCAGAUGUACGAGAUCUUCUGCAUCAUUCGGGACCUGGGGGCCAUCGCCCAAGUGCACGCGGAGAACGGAGACAUCAUCGAGGAGGAGCAGAAGAAGCUGCUGGAGCUGGGGAUUACGGGGCCGGAGGGGCACGUCCUCAGCCGCCCCGAGGAGGUGGAGGCAGAGGCCGUGUUCCGAGCCAUCACCAUCGCCAGGCAGGCCAACUGCCCCCUCUACGUCACCAAGGUCAUGAGCAGGGCUGCUGCAGACGUCCUGGCUCAGGCAAAGAGGAAAGGCACCGUGGUGUACGGGGAGCCCAUCACCGCCAGCCUGGGCACCGACGGCUCCCACUACUGGAGCAAAAACUGGGCCAAAGCCGCCGCCUUCGUCACGUCCCCCCCCAUCAGCCCCGACCCCAGCACGCCGGAUCACCUGAGCACUCUGCUGUCCAGCGGGGACCUGCAGGUCACCGGCAGUGCCCACUGCACCUUCACCACCGCACAGAAGGCCGUGGGCAAGGACAACUUCACCCUCAUCCCCGAGGGCACCAACGGCAUCGAGGAGCGCAUGGCCAUGGUGUGGGAAAAGUGUGUGGUCCCCGGGAAGAUGGAUGAGAACGAUUUCGUAGCGGUGACCAGCACCAACGCUGCCAAGAUCUUCAACUGCUACCCCAGGAAGGGGCGCGUGGCUGUGGGCUCCGACGCAGACCUGGUGCUGUGGAACCCCAAGGCUACGAAAAUCAUCUCAGCAAAAACCCACCAUUUGAACGUGGAGUACAACAUAUUUGAAGGCACCGAGUGCCACGGGGUCCCAGCCGUGGUCAUAAGUCAGGGAAGAGUUGUCCUUGAAGAUGGAAAUCUGUGUGUCACCCAGGGCUCAGGUCGCUUCAUCCCUAGGAAGACAUUCCCUGACUUCGUCUAUAAAAGGAUAAAGGCAAGGAACAGGCUGGCCGAGGUGCACGGCGUGCCGCGGGGGAUGUACGACGGGCCGGUGCACGAGGUGCCGGCCAGCGUCAAGGCCGUGGCGCCCGGCGCGGCGCCGCGCAUCGCGCCCUGCGCCAGCAAAGCCGCGGCCGCGCCCGUGCGCAACCUGCACCAGUCCGGCUUCAGCCUGUCCGGGUCACAGGCAGACGACCACAUUGCCCGGCGCACGGCGCAGAAGAUCAUGGCCCCGCCGGGCGGGAGGUCCAACAUCACCUCGCUGUCCUGAGGCUGUCCUGAGGCUGUCCUGGCGCUGUCCUGGCGCUGUCCCCGCAGCGGUCCCUCCCGGAUCCUGCCGCCAAGGGGCCGGCGGGCCACUCUCACACAGGAGGACAAGCGAGCGAGCGCUCGUCAGCUGCGCCAGCCCUCCCCUCGUAGGUAGAAAGUAGAGUGAUCCCCGAGGUAGCGCUCCCAGUUGGGUUCUCUGUCAGUGUUCUGCUAGCUGCUAGGAAAGCCCUUCCCUGUGCAUGCGGCACGGCCACGUCCCCAGGGCUGCGGGGCCAGCCGGGCCCCGGGGGGCCGGGGCAGAAAUGAAGGCACAUCCUGGCUGGAUCACGCUCUUUUCCAGCAGCAUCCGCUGCCCGCUCACAUCAAAGGAUGUCCAGCCCAUGGCACUCCCGUGGUUUCCCGUCGGAGCCCUCGGCCCUGGCCGUGCUCCCGGAGCCACCCCCGGGCCGUCCGUCCCUCGGCGGCCGCAGCUCGGGGGCGGGUGCAGCCCCGUGUCCCGGGGCAGAGUGCUGCUGGCCCUCCAGGACCCGGCCGUGCCCUGGGCCCGUGUCCUUCUCUCAGCCUUGUUUUUUAAAGAUUAUUUAUACAGUUUUUCAAGAACAUACCCAAUACCAGGGCUCGUUUGGAAGCCAGGUGCAUGAGACACACUUUUUUAUAAAGAUUAUUCUAUCCCAAUUACUAUAUUUAAAGGUGUGUACAUAGAGCUGUGCAUGUACCUCCAGGAAUGGUUUUCCGUUCCUGUCUGCUCCUUGCUUGGAAUAAACUUGGUUGGA